AUGAAAGAUAAAGAAAUCGUAAAGUUAAAUUCAAAUGGUGAUAACCAUUUAAUAAAUCUUAAAAAUGUGCAAGAUAAAAAUUUAUCAAGUAGUGGCAUUCCUUCUCGCUAUUCAUCAUUUGAAUCAGAUGUACAAGCAUCAAAACAAAAGGAUGAUCACAUCUAUAAUACUGAUAAACUUAACAAAAUUAUGAACAACACUUCAUCAAUUGGUGAUACUCAGUAUUGUAACAAUAGGAUUGACGAUACAAAAUUACCAGAAAAACUUUUACAAAAAUAUUUUUCAAAUAAUUCUACAUAUAAAUAUACUAAUUCGAUAGAACACCAAAAUAUGAUGAAUGCACAUAAUGAAGAUUUAUCUACAUAUCAAAAAAAUGAAGCAGCUGAACAUAUUGAUAUAAAUAAUCAUAAUAAAGAACAGAAAAAAAAUGAACAUGAAGAAUUGAAGGGAGUUCAUGAUUUAAAUUUUCAAAAUAAUUCUUAUAAAAAAGAAGAAAUAUGUGAAAAAAAAUUAAUAGAACCCAUAAAAAACACAUCUAUAAAAAAAGAAGAGGAUCAAAAAGAUACCAUGAAAAUAUUUGUUAGUAAUUACGGAGAUAAUAUAUAUAGAAACACAGAAAUAUACAAAACUCACACAGAAUCAUGCAGAAAUUUUACAGAUCAAAAAUAUAAAACUCAAUAUUAUGAUGAAAAUAAACUAUCACCUCUAUAUAAAAAUAAAAGUGAUAAAUUUUAUGAUACAUUUAGCGAAGAAAAAAAAGAAUUACAUUUUAAUUCGAUAGAUGAGUUGAUGAAAGAAAUACAAAUAUUUAAUAAUUCUAUGCAAACUAUAACAUCUAAUGAUCCGACUUUUAUACAAAAAAAUAAUAAACAUAUUUAUUCAGAAAAUAAUUCAAAUAAAAGAGAAGCAAACGAAAUAAAUAACAGUCUUAUUAUAGAAAACACAGUUAGUUGUUCUAAUAUAUCGACAGAUGCAUGUUUUGGUGAAUCGCCUCAAAAUUCUAAUCGAGAAAAAUCAGAUAUCCUUGAUAAUGAAGAAUAUAAUCUUCAGGAACACUCCAAUAAUAGUUGUUAUGAAAAAAAUGAAUCCAUAAAGAGUUUUAAAAAUUUUGUUAAAUCUGAAAUAAAAACAGAAAACUCUAUUUUGUUUACUGAGGAUAAAGAGCCUCAACAUACAGAAUUAAAACAGGACAACUUAAUGGGCAGUCAGUUAAAUAAAUCAGAUGUAGAAUACACUGAUCAAGAAUCUGAUAAUAACAACUCAUGCAAACAAAAUGAUGUAUCAUCAAUCUCAAUGAAAUUAACAGAUGUAGAACCAUAUACCAAAUUAGAUAAUGAAGAAUCUAUUGAAACUAGUAAAAUAUCAUCUAAUCAAUGGGAAGAAAUGAAAAAAAGUUUUUAUGAUAUCGAAAAUAACUUGCUUUAUCUAAACAGAGAAAAUAAUUAUUCUUUGGAACGAAACAUAGAAGGAACCGAACUAUUAAAUGUAAACAAUUCUGAAACAAAUAAAGAAAUAAAAUUUGAGAAAAAUGAAACUCCUCAAAUAUCAUAUCAUACUGAUGAAUACAAAGAAAAAAACGAAGAAAUAAUAAAAUCACAAUUAGAUUCUGAUAAAAAAUCUACAAUUUACAAUUAUAUACAUAAAGAUUCAUUUCCAAACUAUGAAUAUGAUGAUACUGAAACUAAACAUCUAAAUAUUCUAAAAAAUUGUUCAGAAAAAGAUGAAGCAUUUCAAAACAAAAAUAAUAUAUCUGAACAAUUUAAUUAUAAUUAUUUACAGGAUUUCACUAAUAAGCAAAAUUCAUUAAAUGGUUUUACUCCAAAAGAUUAUCAAAAUAAUAACAAUUAUUAUUAUACUGAUAAGGAAAUUGAUAUACAUUCCCCUUAUGCUAGAAGAGAUGUACUUCCGGAUCUUAGCUUGGAAAGAUGCAUCUAUUCGAAGGAGGGUUCUCCUAAUGGUAAAACUGACACUCUUAAUGGGCCUGACACAUCUAAUAGAACCGAUGCAUCUAGAAUUAACUCAGCAGGAAAGGGAAGGACACCAAGAAGUUCAAAAAGUGGAGGAUCUACUAAAACAGCUUUUGCAAUCGUAAAAACUGGAAAAAUAAAACAAGCAGAAAAGGAUUUAGUUAAAACACCAAAAGUUUUCAAAAAAACUGAAGGAAAUACAAGAACAAGUGUCAAUGGAAAUUCAAACGGAAAUGUGGGAACAAAAUCUCCUUCAAAUUAUAAUAUUUCAUCAAGUGCAAAUUAUUCUACACAUUGUAAUAAUGGAGGAAACGGGGUAACUCCUACAUCUACUAAAACAAAUAAAAAUGAAAAAGAUAUAACAUACAAUAUGAAUGUUGUAAUUAGAUGCAGACCAAUGAGUAAUAGUGAAAAAAAUGAAGGAGCAAAAAAUGUUAUAAAAAUUAUGGAUAAUAAAAUGAUUGUGUUACUCGACCCAAGUGAUAAUACUGAUAAUGUAUUAAGACAAAAUAGAACUAAAGAAAAAAGAUAUUGUUUCGAUUACGUAUUUGAUGAAAAUAGCACCCAAGAAGAUGUAUAUAAUAAUAGUGUAAAACCAUUGGUAGAUGCAGUAAUAAAAGGAUACAACUCAACAGUAUUUGCAUAUGGAGCUACUGGUGCAGGAAAAACCCACACAAUUAUAGGUUAUAAAAAUGAACCCGGUAUUAUGAUGAUGAUAUUACAAGAUCUAUUUAAAAAAAUUAAAACCUUAAAGGCUAUGAACGAAUAUAAAAUAAAAUGCUCUUUUAUUGAAAUAUAUAAUGAAAAUAUAUGUGAUCUUUUGAACCCAUCAAGUGAAUAUCUUGAUUUAAGAGAAGAUCCUGUAAAAGGUAUAACUGUUUCUAACAUUUUUGAAGUCUGUACUACAUCUGUUGAAGAAAUUAUGGAAUUAAUUCAUACAGGAAAUAGAAAUAGAACCCAAGAACCCACAGAUGCAAAUAGAACCAGCUCAAGAAGUCAUGGAGUAUUACAAGUAAUAGUUGAAGAAACAGAAAAAGGACAAGGAUUAUAUCAACAAACAAAAAAAGGAAAAUUGUGUGUUAUAGAUCUAGCAGGAAGUGAAAGAGCUAGUCAAACUAAUAAUAAAGGAAUGAGAAUGUUAGAAGGUGCAAAUAUAAAUAGAUCUUUGUUAGCUCUAGGAAAUGUUAUAAAUGCAUUAGUAUCUAGAAGUAAAGGAACUAGUAAAUCGAAUUUUAUACCAUUUAGAGAUAGCAAAUUAACAAGAUUAUUAAAAGAUUCUUUAGGAGGCAAUUGUAAAACAUUAAUGAUUGCUAAUAUUAGUCCUUCACAUCUAUCUUAUGAAGAUACUCAUAAUACACUAAAAUAUGCAAAUCGGGCAAAAAAUAUUAAAAAUGUUGUUACAUCUAAUUCUGUUGUAGUUAAACACCAUUUAACUAUGUAUAUAGAUAUAAUCGAAAAAUUAAAAACUGAAAUAGAAUGCUUAAAAGAACAAUUAAAUGAUAAAGAAAAAACACACCAUUUUAUAAUAUCUGAAUCUAAUUCUACAAAUUAUGAUUAUUAUGAUUCAGUUAAAGAUUGUGAUAAAAAUUCUUCUAGAGAGGAAUUACUCAAUAUUAUAUAUUUCUUAAAACGUGAAAAUCAAAAACUUAGAUGCAAUUUGGGUUCUAUAACCCCACAUAUUUCAACUUCAGAUUCUUCCACUCCCACAAACGAAUUUAUUAAAUAUACAGAAGAAAUUAAUAAUAUUAAAAUUGUUAAUGAAAAGUUAUUUAUAGAUAAUAAAAAAUUUAAAGUUAACAUUCAAGAGUAUAUUCAAAUAAUAGAAAAUAUAAAAGAAGUUAAUCACAAAUAUAAAGCUCAAAUAAAUUCUCUCAAAAAUAUGCUUUAUAAUCAUGAUGUUAGUCACCUUCAAAUGCGUCUCUGGCUUGAUGAUCUUAAACGCAAAUACACUCAAUUAAAGGAAAACAUAACAGAUAAAGACAAUGCCCAACUCCUAGAAGGAUUGCAAGAUGAACUUAAUAAAGUUUUAAAUGAACGUAAACAAAUAAAAAAUUUUAUUUUGAAUAUCGAACAAAAUCUUGUUGAAAAUAAAGAAGUAAAUAUGGAUGCACUUAAAGGAAAUCAGAUUAAAAUGCUGGAAGAAAAUAAAAAUAAAAUGGAAAAUCAGUUACAAAUAAAUAUCAACCAAACUAACAAUUUAAUAAACAAACUAGUUGCAAAUAUAAAAGAUGAUCAAAUGAAGAGCUUUAUGUAUUUAUUUUAUACAAACACUAUUCUUAUGCAAGAACGAGAGGAUUUCCAGGACAUGUUUGAAUUAUCUUCUGUUAUAAUUAACCACAAAGAAAAACAACUUCAACAAUUAAUUGAAACAUCAAAGAUCUCAAAUCUUUUUAACAUUAUAAAAAAUAAAAUUUAA